AAACAGAUUUAGUAUUAAUCAAAAAAUUUUUACUGACGCAAACAUGGGUGACGUGAAAAAUGAAAAUGACGUAAUAGGAGUUGCUCUAAUCGGCAUCGGGAGGAUUGGAAAAGUUCAUGUUUCGAAUAUAUUGCGAUUACCUAGAGUGCAGCUGCUUUAUAUCAUUGACGUAAAUAGGACAUUUGCGGAAGAAUACAUAAACGAAUACAAUCUGGUUUCAACAACGGCCCUACAUACUGAUGACGUCGAUACCGCGUAUGAGGACAAUAGAGUCGAUGCCGUUAUUGUAUGCUGUCCUACGCAAAUGCAUGAGACGCAUGUAAAAGCCGCUUUAAAAAAAGGAAAAGCAGUCAUGUGCGAGAAACCUCUAGCACUGUCUCUGGAAUCGAUCGUCAAUUGUUACAAAACUGCAGAAGACGAAAAGAGACCACUUUUCUGUGCUUUUAAUAAAAGGUUUGAUCCACAAACAGCAGCAAUUCGUUCCCAAAUCCCGGAAGUAGUCGGAAGGUUAAAGGUCGUGAAGAGUGUAUCACGUGAUCAUCCAAGGAAUUCGAUAGAAUAUUUGAAAAUUUCUGGAGGAAUUGCAUUAGACAUGGCCAUACAUGAUGUGGACAUGUUAAUAUGGCUCGCGGAUCAAAUCCCUGAUACCAUACAUGCAAUAGGCCACGCCCAUUUUGACGAUAUUCGUGAUAUUGGUGAUGUGGACCAGUUAUUCAUAACAAUGAAGUUCCCUGACGGCACCCUUGGUCACAGUGACAUCAAUAGAGAGGCAACGUACGGACAUGACCAAAGAAUUGAGGUUUUCGGUAGCAAAGGAAUGCUAAGCGGCGGCAACAUUCGUCCACUAUGCCAUGAAACUCAUGGGAAUCACGGGACCACACUUCCUCCUAUUUUUGAUAGCUGUAUGUCCCGGUACAAUGAAUCAUACAGACAAGAGGUUAUGCACUUUAUGGAUGUCGUAAGAGGUAAAUCGAAAUUAAAAGUUGUCGGAAGAGAAACGAUAUGGACGACUCUUUGCUGUCACGUAGUGAAUGAAUCAUUAUCAACAGGAAAUCCGGUCAAAGUUCAUGAAUUUGUCCAGAAGAAAUUUCCGCAUAUUUUAUCAGAAAUUGACACUUGGGGCGCCAAAACCAAUGGCGCUGUCAAGAGCAACGGAGCGCAUCAUAUAAAUGGAGUUUAAUUAAAGUUGAAUAUAAUUAUAAUUUAUAAAUUAAGGCUGCCGCUUGAAUAUUAUUGUUUCAUAGGCCUUA